AUGGCUUCACUUACACAGGGCCGACCCACUCGCCGUUCAGUAUCUAGGAGGAGUUACGCAGCUGAAGAUACUUCCGAUUCAGAGGAUCCGGGUAAUGUAACGCCCACGGCCUCGACGAAUGACGAUGACGACGAAGAGGACGAUGAAGAGGAGGAAUACACCCCAGUACCCCAGAAAACGAAACGAAUCUCGCGGGGCCACGCGAGACUUGAACCGUCAACGCCCUCUACUGCGCGACCAGGGCGCAAGUCUCGGCCCGCGGUAGCAGACGAAUCGGACGCAUCGCAGGUCACCGAUACGGACGAAAACGACGAGAAUGACGAAGGGGCCAGCCUUCUCUCCGUAGAGGCUGACCCCGAGUCCCCUUCCAACAACGCGGCAUUGAAGAGAAAGAGUAUGGAGGCUGUGGAGGCGGAUCCCAGAUCUCCCUCCAAUCAGGCGGCAUUGAAAAGACAUAGUAUGUCUCAUCCCCGCAAGAGUCGUAGCUCAACCACGCCUAAAUCGGUCAAGGGCUCACUUCCCACUCCAGAGCCAUCCGCAUCACCUGAGCCUGAAGCGCGCGCCCAUCGGGAAAGUGUACCGCCUCUCUCCGACAUUACCGAAUCAGCCGUCAACCAGUCGCCAUCGAAACAACCGGAAGAACCGAAGUCUCAGGUCUCUUACAUCAACCCCAACUCUACGGUAUUGGAGAAGCCAAUGGACAUCGUCAUGAAGUCGAGAAAUGUGGUUGCGCCCGCCCCAGAGGAGCCGGCUGAGGCCAAACCUCGGAUGAUCAUCCAGAACCUGAUUUUGACCAACUUUAAGAGUUACGCUGGACAGCAGGUCGUUGGUCCUUUCCAUGCAUCCUUCUCAUCUGUGGUUGGACCUAACGGAUCGGGCAAGUCCAACGUCAUUGAUUCCCUUCUCUUUGUGUUUGGUUUCCGUGCUAGCAAGAUGCGACAGGGCAAAAUCUCAGCCUUGAUUCACAACUCAGCUCAACAUCCAAACCUACCUUUUUGCGAAGUAGAAGUCCACUUCGAACAAGUCCUCGACCUACCAGAGGGCGGUCACGAAGUCAUCCCAGAUUCCCACCUGGUAAUCUCUCGACGAGCUUUCAAGAACAACAGCAGCAAAUAUUAUAUGAACAAAAAAGAGACAAAUUUCACCGCUGUCACGACUUUCCUCCGUGAACGCGGCAUUGAUCUUGACCACAAGCGUUUCUUGAUCCUACAAGGUGAAGUCGAAUCGAUUGCCCAGAUGAAAGCCAAGGCGACAGGCGAUCACGAUGAGGGUCUCCUCGAGUACCUGGAGGAUAUCAUUGGAACUUCUAAGUACAAGACACCUAUCGAUGAGUCAGCUGCCGAGUUGGAGAAUCUUAACGACGUGUGUGCGGAGAAGAACAACCGCGUGCAGCACGUCGAGAAAGAAAAGACUGCACUCGAGGACAAGAAGAACAAGGCUCUAGCGUACAUUCGCGACGAAAACGAGCUUUCACAAAAACAGUCUGCUCUCUACCAGAUUUACAUUGAUGAGUGUGCCGAUAAUGUCCGCGUUACAGAGGAAGCAAUCCUUCAGAUGCAAGAACUCUUGAACAUGGAGCUUGAAAAGCAUGAAGGAAACGAGUCAGGUAUCAAGGAACUCGAAAAGGCCUAUAAGCGUGGACUUCGGGAAUAUGAGACCAUGGAGAAGGAAGCGCAGGGUUUGCUGAAGGAAAUGGCUAAGUAUGACAAGGAGUCUGUCAAAUUCGAAGAGAAGAAAAAAUUCUUGGUUGGAAAGCAGAAGAAACUCGAGAAGACUAUGCAGACAAGCCGCCUAGCCGCCUCCGAGUGUCAAAGUUUGGUCGAGAAAUUUAGUGACGAUAUUGAGAAGAAGACUGGCGAAACAACCGACUUCGAGAAGGAGAUGAAGUUGGAAGAGGAGGAACUGAAUUCUAUUCGUGAGAGUCUUAAAGGAAAGACUCAGGGCCUUUCGGAUCAGAUCGCCGCUAAACAGAAGUCCCUCGAACCCUGGAACGAGAAGAUCAACAAGAAACAAUCUGCUGUUGCUGUUGCUCAAAGUGAGCUUGAUAUUCUACGCGAGCGUAGCAAUGCUGGCGCUGUUUUGCUUGAAGAAGCACAAGGCAAGAUCGCCACUAUUGAAGAGACUUUGCAGAGCAAGCAAACCGAUCUUGAAGAACGACAAGCCCAGAAGGAGACCCUUGAAGGUGAGGUGGAGAAGUUGAAGCACGACUUGAAGAAGUAUGUCGCCCGGGAACCCGAAGUUCGUUCUCAUGUUUCAAGUGCUCGUCAAAAGGCCGACGAAGCACGCGUCAGUCUUGCAAGCACACAAAAUCGCGGCAGCGUCUUGACAGGAUUGAUGCGGCUGAAGGAAUCUGGUCGUAUUGAUGGAUUUCACGGCCGCCUGGGUAAUCUGGGUACUAUCGAUGAGAAAUACGAUGUAGCCAUUUCUACUGCCUGCCCAGCUCUGGACAAUAUGGUGGUAGAAACUGUUGAGGUUGGCCAACACUGUAUUGAUUAUCUGCGGAAGAAUAACCUCGGCCGAGCAAACUUCAUCCUCCUCGAUCGUUUGCCUCGUCGUGAUAUGGCCACGAUCUACACACCCGAAAGUGUCCCUCGACUCUUCGAUCUUGUUCAGCCCAAAGACCCAAAGUUUGCACCCGCCUUCUACAGCGUCAUGCAGAACACCCUGGUGGCCAAGGACCUUGAACAAGCGAACCGGAUCGCCUAUGGUGCUCGGCGUUGGCGUGUGGUCACUUUGGAUGGACAGUUGAUCGACGUGUCUGGAACAAUGAGUGGUGGUGGUACUCGUGUUGCACGGGGUGGUAUGUCUUCAAAGCAAGUUGCAGAUACCACCAAAGAACAGGUCACCCGCUUAGAGGCAGACCUCGAGGAGUUAGAACGCAAGUUCCAAGCCUUCUCCGAGAAACAGAGAAACGUGGAGUCCCAAAUACGCGAGAAAUCCGACGAGAUCCCACGGGUCGAGACCAAGAUCCAAAAGAUCAUGAUCGAAAUUGACAGCUCUAAGCGCAGCCUUGCAGAUGCCCAGCGGCGCGUGAAAGAGAUCAGCGCCGAACACAAGCCUUCCAAGACGGAUGCAUCUCAAGCAACUACUCUUGAAAAGCAGAUUGAAGCCAUCAAUGAUGAGAUUGAAGAUCUUAACAGCCAAAAGAGCGGCAUCGAGGAAGAGAUUCAGACCUUGCAAAACAAGAUCAUGGAAGUCGGUGGUGUCCGUCUUCGUGGACAGAGAGCUAAGGUUGAUGGCCUGAAGGAACAGAUCGCCUUGUUGGCCGAUGAGAUUUCCAAUGCUGAAGUUCAAAAGUCCAAAAACGAGAAACUAAUCACGAAGCAUUCCAAGGCUCGUGAUGGGUCAGAGAAGGAGAUCAACCAACUCGUGGAGGAAUUGGAAAAGCUAGAAGAGGAUGUUGAAAGUCAAGCAAAUGAUGCUUCUGGCUGGAGACAAAAGGCCGACGAGGCCGAAUUGGCCCUUGACACGAAGAAGGAAGAGCUCAAGGCUCUCAAGCAAGAACUCGACGAGAAGGUAGCCGAGCUCAAUGCGACACGUGCUACUGAGAUUGAAAUGCGCAAUAAGCUUGAGGAGAAUCAAAAGGCUCUAUCAGAGAACCAGAAGCGCAGUCGCUACUGGGAAGAGAAGCUUUCAAAGCUCUCUUUGCAGAAUGUCAGUGACCUGGGCGAAGAGCAAGAAUCUACAGAUCUUCAAAUGUACACCAAGGACGAGUUGGAUGCGAUGAACAAGGAAUCUUUGAAAGCAGUCAUCGUGGCACUGGAAGAGAAGGUUCAGAAUGCCUCUGUCGACCUUGCUGUCAUUGAAGAGUACCGUCGCCGGUCUGCUGAGCAUGAAUCGCGAUCCGCAGACCUUAACACAGCCUUGGUGGCCCGAGAUAGCGCCAAGGCCCGCCUAGAUGGACUUCGGUCCGCUCGUUUGAAUGGCUUCAUGGAAGGAUUCGGUAUCAUUUCUCUCCGCCUGAAAGAGAUGUACCAGAUGAUCACGAUGGGUGGUAAUGCCGAGCUCGAGCUUGUCGAUUCUCUUGAUCCUUUCUCAGAGGGUAUCCUUUUCUCUGUCAUGCCACCGAAGAAGAGCUGGAAGAACAUUGGAAACUUAUCUGGUGGUGAGAAGACUUUGUCUAGUUUGGCCCUUGUAUUUGCCCUGCACCACUACAAGCCAACUCCGCUCUACGUCAUGGACGAGAUUGACGCUGCUUUGGAUUUCCGAAACGUUUCUAUCGUUGCUUCCUACAUCAAGGAGCGGACCAAGAAUGCCCAAUUCAUUGUCAUCUCUUUGAGAAACAAUAUGUUCGAACUUGCCUCCAGACUUGUCGGAGUUUACAAGGUCAACCAUAUGACCAAGAGCGUUACAAUCGAAAACCGAGACUACAUCGAAGGUCGCUAA